GACAGCAGCAGUGUAGUGACCGAGAGAGGUCCACACGGAGAGUUCAUCCACAAAUGGGCCAUAGUAACAACUAGCACCUCUUCUACUUGAAGCCAUCCCGCACCUUACAACCGCACCUGGUGCCAACAGCAGCAUCCAAAUCCUACAGUUUUCCCCUCACAUUUCUUUCACAUCACCUGGCUCCAUCACAAAAUACAAAGGUUACCAUUUUCCAUCUUUGAGCGGUUUUCCACCUAAGGUCGGAGAAAAUGGCAGCAAUUCCAUCAAGUGGCUCUCUCAUCGCCACCCAUGAUUACUACAGAAGGCGCCUUGGGUCCAACUCCAGCAGCAGCUCUUGUGGCAGUGCUGAGUACACAGGAGAGGUCAUUCCACACCACCCAGGACUUCCAAGGCAAGACUCAGGCCACUGGUGGACUUCAUUUUUCUUUGCAAAACAAAACCAGCCCGGCAUGCAGAAUGGAUCUGAAAAUCAAAAAAACAGAACCUACACAGUGGCCAACGGUCAGGUGACCUGCAUCGCCAGGGAAAUGGCUUUGAACAGACAACUCAGUGAAAGCAGUGAAAAUGUAAAGUCUGAACCACUGAACCCUCCACCGACUUCCUCCUAGACUCCAUUCCCCGCCAACACCCUCCCCCGGCUCACACCUCCUUCACCUUCAACUUGCCGUCACACAGUCCACCACUGGAGACGGAGAUGAUGAUGGUGUUUUUUUUUUUACCUUUAGUAAAUAGACUUUGCUUCUCCUUUAUUGCCUGUGUAUAGUAUGUUUUAUUAUGACCAAAAGUGAAAAAAAAACUCAAGUAUGUAAAAAGUUUUUCAUGUUACUCUUCUUAUAACUUGACACUGUUAAUAAUGAUAAAUAAAAUGCUUGCAGUCAGCACUUA